AAAGCGAACAGAGUGGUAGGCAUCCUUGCAUUGUGGUGUAGCAGUGGUCCAGUGUGUUAAUAUCCCUGGUGGGACACUUAAUAAGCUGUCUAAGGUCAUGUCUGAGGAACAAUGAGCAGGGAGUCUGGAUGUUUUUUCCACCCGUUUGUUAUCUGGUCAGCCAGGUGUAGUAAGGCCUCACCAACACAGGCCUGAGGUGGGAUGUAAACGCCGACCAGAAUAAAAGACGAAAACUCCCGCAGUGAAUAAAAGGGUUUGCAGUUUACGAAUAAAUGAAGUUUUAUAACUAGUUUCUGGAACAAAGAGCCCCCCUUGCACUCAUCUAAUUUCCGCUCAAAAUGUACUUAAGCACACCUUAUCCCUUUACUCCGUCCUUGACUCAGUUUUCACACAAUCUGCGUCAAUCAAAAUGAGUACCUUGAACCAUGGAGAAUGAGCGCCUCCUCAACCCUUCAGACAACAACCUGAUGAAGAUGACUGGCACACUCCCGAAAUCUCAGAGUCCUCCUCUCCGCCAUCCCUUCUCGUCUCAACAAUCCAUAUUCCCCGAUGCUCCCAGCCUUUAUCCACAAACAACUCCAACACCAUCAGGCUUUCGCCCCUCAGCAGCUCCAGGGUAAGACCUUGUCUUCGGUGGCCAAGAGACAUUCCUGUUUUCCACAGCUCUCCCCAUAGCCAGAUCCUGGGCUUUUCCCAUCUAUCCUCACAUGCAUAACAACUUCACUCUAGCCACCGCAUUACCUCCAGUGCGCCCAGUCGUAUACUCCCAACCAUCCCCCAUGUCACCCACUCUCAGACAACAGAUUCUCGCUCAAAACUAUGUUGACCUCACCCAUUUAUUACAUCCGUGCACAUGCAACCCUCAUGUUCCCAGAGAACUGCACUCUGUCCAAUCAAACUCAAACAGCCACUGUCUACCCGCUCUAAAGAACUUCCUGCAAUAGAAUUCACCUUCUCAUUCCCCCUGUACCAUGACAUAAUCUGUUCAGCCUUCUCCAGCCGCAGGUCAGAGCUGGACUAUUACAUGUCUCUGAUCCUUGACCUGGCCUGACCUGGUUUGGUAGCAAUGUAUUUUACACAUACCACAUUCUAUUGACAUCCCAAACUGACUGUCGCCUGCAACAAUUCAACAGCCCCUCCUACAUCUAUCACUCCUAAACCCGCAAAUGUUCAACCAACCACCCUCGGCCCUCUUCCCAAGGGAGUUGACAAGAGAGGCAGACCUCCUCUACCAGAGCGGGAGGAUGUUUUGUAAUAACUUCAACUUUAUUUCCCUUUGGACACUACCUGUACACACUGCUCGCAUCCUAGCAGCAGAAUCAGAUAAAGUUUCCACAGCUGCUUCAGUCUGGAUCAUUAAAGGGUGGACGCUGUCGAAGCUUUCAUUGAACAAGCUGAUUAACAUGCAUGUAUUUUCAUUACUAUGAUUAGCUAGGUUGAACCUUGGUUCUGAAUGUGGUACAUCUAGCUUUGGAUAUAUUUUUGAACACAUUUUUAUGUGCAUAGGAAACGAAAGGAUACCUUGAUUCUCAUUUCAUUUUUACUUUCCUAUCAUUUAAUUAUACUGUAUAUUGUUUCUUGUUCUGUGUGUCCGUCUCUCUUUUUGUUUCUGUUGUGCAGACAUGAAGAGCAACAACAGCCUAAAUCCUGUCUAUUUCCAGUUGACUCUGUUUGCAGAUUAUGGGUCCCUCAGAUAUCUGUUCUUCAGUCUGUGUCUGUUGGUCUACAUGACUAUAAUCUCUGCUAACGUUGUCAUUAUUCUGACAGUCUGCCUGGAGAAGUCUCUGCAUCAGCCCAUGUACAUCUUUAUCUCUUUUCUGUCUUUAAACUCUCUGUACGGCUCAGCCGGCUUCUUCCCCAGGUUUCUGAUGGACAUUCUGUCUGACACUCAUUUCAUCUCACGUGCAUCUUGUUUCAUCCAGAUAUAUGUUAUUUACACAUAUGUAUCAUUUGAGCUGACACUUCUCGGCAUCAUGGCCUAUGAUAGAUUGGUUGCUAUUUGCCAGCCUUUACACUAUCACAGUAAAAUGACCUUUAGGAUGGUGAGGAAUCUUAUCAUAUUUGCUGUGGUCUACCCUGUAUUUGUUAUUGGUAUCGGUCUCUAUCUCACUGUCCGAUUGCCUUUGUGUGGAAAUAAACUGCACAGGCUUUUCUGUUCUAACUGGCCUGUAGUGCAGCUCUCCUGUGUGGACACAAGUCUGAACAACAUAGUAGGUCAGUUUGUUACAAUGACAACCAUCUUCAUCCCCCUGUUCUUUGUCCUGUACACCUACCUUCGCAUUCUGCUGGUUUGCAAGAGAAGCACUUCUGAAUUCAGAGGAAAGGCGUUACAAACCUGCCUGCCUCACAUUGUGACAUUUAUGACCUAUUCUUUCUCUCUGUUCUGUGAGCUUUCAUUGACUCGAUUUGAGGGUGAUGAAAAGAAUCCAGUCAUCACAGUAGUUUUAUCUUUAGAGUAUUUGAUCAUUCCCCCAUUUAAUAACCCUCUAGUUUAUGGCCUGAAUCUGCCUCAAAUAAAAGGAGCCAUAUUUAGAUUUCUGAAGAUUCGCAAAAUUUGUGCUAAAAUGUAAAACUCAACAUGCACAUAUUUCAAACAAUGUUAAUCACAAAAUAUACUGAUGGAAUAUGUUAAAUGUUAUUUGUCUUAAGAUGUCAUUUGUUAUGACAUUCAUUUUAAGGAGAUCAGAAUAUCUAUGAAUAGAAUAGGUGUCAUCUUAAAAUAUAUUAACCUGAUCCAAAGAAAUUAUAUUGAUAUUGCCGAAGUUGUAUAUGGAUGGCUCAUUUCACAGCUGCUCAGGCUGAAAUACAUCAGUCAAAUGUAAAAGCACACCUGCCAUGCCAUAAAACCUACUAUGUGCUGUUUCUCCUGACAAAUUAAAGGUCAAUAAGAAUAGGACCUAAUAGGUUCCUUAGGUCUGAUAACCUACAACUAGAUUUGAUAGGAUUUUAGGUGUGUAUGGUAGGAAUGUGGAUGUUAAAUGUCUGUUUGUUGUAUUUUCUACUCCUAACUUCAUAUGUUGCUCUUUGUUUAUUCUGUAUAUUAACAUCAAUAUGUUGUUGUGGUAUGAACCAGUUGCCCUUUGUAAUUAUAAAUAAAUAAGACAAAUAGUAAAUAAAUUAACAAGA